UUUUCUAUUAUUUACUUUUUUUGCUUUCCUGUUUUGCGCUCAAGAAAUGACACCGAUAUCUUAUUAACUUUAUUGUCUUCUUUGCUUAAUCUAUUGAUUAAAAAUCUUAAAUAAUAAAAUAGAAUCGGACUCAAUUUUUUUAUAUUGUAUGAUUUAUAACUUAACAUAUUAUUAAAAUAGUUUUCAUAAAUAUAGAUUGUUUACAUUAUAUGCUAGUUAUAUGCAAAAGAUAUAUAAUAUAUAUAAUAUAGAUAUUGUGUGUCAUCCAUUAGUCACGUGAUAUCUUAUUCGUUAUUUUAAUUUCUAAUAAUUUAAACCACAUAUUAGUACUGAAUAGAAUAAUAUUUCUUUUAUCUUUUUCUUUCUUAUGUAAAUAAAAAAAUUAAUUUAUUAUUACGUUCGAAUGGGUAAUUCUACCUCAAAAAAUAAUUAUCACAAUAAUCAGAAGUAUACUAGUCAGUACAGUCUUAGUGAUAUAAUUGGUGGAAGUUGUAUUGGAUCAACACAGUCUUCACAGAAAGAAAUUAAAUCAUGGUCUCGUGCUUCUUGCAGAAGCUGGAGCGAAGGCACAUUAAAUGACCCAUUAGGUACUUCAAAGACAUCAUGGCCUGUAUCGCGUACUCAGGCUAUGUUUCUUCCAGAAUUUCAAAUAAAACAAAUACCUUUACAACAUGCUUAUACGUUUAUAAGCGUAAUAGCCAAAGGAGCUUAUGGAAAAGUAUAUAAAAUUCAAAAACAAGAUACUGGACAAUUUUUUGCUUUAAAAAUAAUCAAUAAAGCAAAAGUUGUUGCUGAAAAUGGUAUAAUGCAAGCUAAACAAGAAGUGUCUAUACAGAGAUUAGUUGGUCACCAUCCAUUUAUAUUAGAUUGUUCUCAUAGAUGGCAAGGAAGAAAAACAUUGUAUAUAUUAACUAAUUUUAUUGGGGGAGGAGAAUUAUUUUCAUUAGUCGAACAAUGUGGUUCUUUGCCAGAAAAUAUAGUUAGAAUAUAUAUAGCAGAAAUUGCUUUAGCAAUUGAUUUUUUGCACAAUGCUGGUGUAGUACAUAGAGACAUAAAAGCUACAAAUGUUUUAUUAGAUGAAGAAGGUCAUGCUGUAAUUAUUGACUUUGGUCUUGCAAAAUGGUUAAAUCACACAGAAAGAACACAUACACUUUGUGGAACUCCAGAAUACAUGGCACCAGAAAUAUUCAAUAGACAAUAUUAUGGUCAAGAAGUUGAUUGGUGGUCAUUGGGAGUAUUGGCUUGUUUUAUGUUUACAUAUCAGUACCCGGCCAACGCGUCCAGUGAACUUUUGCCAGAGAACAGAACUAAUACUAGUUCCGCACCACCUGGUACUCUACCAUCGAACGCGGAAAAUAUUUCACCAGCUGCGAAGGAUCUGUUGAAACGACUACUACAACCGGAUCCUUGCUUGAGGUUGAGGUCUCUGUUAAGUCUACAGAGGAUUGCUUUCUACAUGGGUUACGAUUUGCACAGUUAUAUGCAAAAGAAGGAAUCUCCGUUCCGUCUGCUAGGACGAAAAGUCGAAAUUGAACAGGAGAGAAGGAUCAAAGAAUUCUCCACGUUCAAUUCCUCUUUGGCAGACAGUAUAUCUCGCGGCGAAGAUCGAUGAUCUGAUCAAUGUGAUUGUUAUUAGCAACAUUGUCUUUAGUCACUUCAGCUAAUGCCAUUUAUUUUGGCCAAAAAAAUGUUCCCUAGUUACUUUUUUAUUUUAUUUUAUUUUAUCUUUUUUAAUGUACGUUAGCUUGUUGCUCGUCGUAGAUUUAUAUCGAGCAACGUCGUCGAUGCCAUCCAUUACUUUUUAAGCGAAUCAAUAUGGAUUUUUAAACUCUUUAUAGAUUACUUUAUAAUUCGAAGAUCGAUAUAUUUUUUUAACUAUAUAACUCGUUGUAAAAUACGAAUCUCUUUAUCCUCUGGUGCUAUUUUUUGAAGAAAAUUGUUGCGAAGAAUUCAGAGGUUUUUUUAUCGUAUAUUUUUAAGAAUAAAUUGCGAAGCUUUUGUACCGUGAAAGAAAAAUGUUUAAUGCGUCAAUGUGCGGUUGUAGCUUCUGUGUGCAGUGUUGUACUGCUUUAUACCACCUCAUCGUUGUGAUAAUGCAUCGUGUGAAAAUAAAAAUAAAACACAUGAAAGUAAAAUGUAUCCAAUUAUAAUAUAAAAAUAAAAUAUCUUUAUGAAUGUGCA